GCAUAUGUUUAUGCACUUAUGCAAAAGCGUGUGCUCCCCGCUUUUAACUUCUUAUCUCUUUCUAUUUCGUAGUACCGCUCAUUGCGCAGGUCCCUGAAACAAUUGACUCGUUAGUAUUUCUUCUUUUUUCUUCAGCAUUACUGCGUUCCAAAACUUAUCGAGAGAAGGAUCUCAUACGCUUCUUUUAGUCACGGGCGCAUAUUUUACGUGUCAAUCCGCGUUGUUUUCCUCGCAAUAACUCGAAUUACGCUUUUAGAAACUACGGCGGAGUCGUUUACGCGGCUCUUCUUCUCUUUUUUUUUCCUUUUUUCCCCCCCUCUGCGGAAAACGCACACGCGCUCCGCGGACGUCGACGAGCGUAGUAAGUUCCGGUGGCCGCUCGCACUUUCGGCGACGGCCAUUUUAUACGACGCUCGGUGCACACUCGAUGUACCUUUUAACGGGUAGUUCGUAGGAUUGCGUAUUCGGAGUUUAGCGAGAGCCCGGCUUCCGACGAUGAUAAAGACGGAGGACAAUCAGGUACAGAACAAUGACGACAGAGACAGAAGCAGGGAGCGCGAUCGUAAUCGAAGGUCGGACAGACCGAAUCGCAUAAACUCGGCUAGCCGCGACCGCAGCCGCGAGAGAAACGACCGCGUUGGCAGGAAGGCGUCCGACCGGCGGAUUUACGUGUCAAACAUUCCUUAUGACUUUCGCUGGCAAGAUCUCAAGGAUCUGUUCAGGACCGAGGUCGGCAAAGUGGCGCACGUGGAGCUCUUCACGGACGAGAACGACAAGCCUCGGGGAUGCGGAAUAGUGGAGUUCGAGGAUUCGGACUCUGUGAAGAUAGCGGUGGAGAAGAUGCACCGAUACGACAUCAAGGGGCGGAAGCUCGUUGUCAAGGAAGAUUUUGACGUGGAGCGAGACAAGUAUGGUCGCUUAACGACGGGUCGUAACAACGACAGAAACCGGGACGACAGAUUUAGGGAUCCUCCGCGACCGCAGGGAGGCGGGCGGCAAAAUAUGUCCGCUCCUACCGGCGCGGGUGGCGGCGGUGGCGGUGGCGGAGGUGGCGGCGGUGGCGGCGGCGGUAGCGGCGGCGGCGGCGGCGGAGGUGACAAUAAAUUUGGAAACACGUACGGUCUUAGUACGCAGUUCUUAGAAUCUUUAGGUAUCAAUGGUCCUUUGGUCACGAGGGUCUUCGUCGCAAAUCUGGAUUAUAAAGUGGACGAGAAAAAGCUUCUGGAGGUUUUCAAAUUGGCCGGGAAGGUGUUGCACGUUGAGCUGGGGAAAGAUAAAGAUGGCAAAUCAAGAGGUUUCGGCGUUGUUGAAUACGACCACCCGGUGGAAUCGGUGCAGGCCAUCUCGAUGCUUCAUAAUCAACAAUUGUAUGACAGACGCAUGACCGUCAGACUCGAUAGAGCUAAUGAACCCGACAUGCCGCCUAAAUUACCAGAAGGUUUGAAGGGUAUCGGCAUGGGUCUUGGAGCUGGUGGUAACAGACUGUUGGACGUUGCCAGAAAUAUCCCCAAUGUGCAAGCGAACAAUCCGCCAGUGGUGAACCCGAUCUCGGCGCCUGUCUUAGCGGCGGGCGCUUUCGGUGCCGGUCUAAACAACGUUGUGCCCGCGCAGCUAGCGUCGGCAUUGUCAAACACAAAUGCAGCAGCGCUUCAAGCUAGCCUCGCCGGCGCCGGUCUAGGUGCCAAUCUCACCACUAGUUCGCUGCUGAAUUCAUCAUUGACGAGUGAAUUGGCAUCGAACUUGAAUAACUUUGGCGGCGGCGUCGGUAGUUUAAGCGGUUUGCAGGCUUCUCUGGCCGGUGGACAAGGGAACAAUACGUUCACGCCACGCGGGUUAUCCAAAUUAGACAAUGACAUAGGAUUUGGUGGUAGCAACGCCUUCGGCGGUUCCAGCUUUGGUGGUGGCGGUAGAGAUUUUGACGGAGGAUUUAACAGAGGGGACGGCGAUCGUGUUUCUGGUGGCGGCGGCGGUGGAUUCUCUGGGAACCAAGGCCAAAGCGGCGGCAACCGACAGAACUCCAACGGUUCAAGACAGAUGUCAGAUACUAUACUUAUAGGCAACCUACCUCCAAAUACCACAUGGCAGAUGCUGCGUGACAAGUUCCAGGACGCCGGGGAGGUAAAAUUCGCGGAGAUGAGAGGUACCGAUAUGGGCAUGGUACGGUUCGCAUCUGAAUGGGAUGCCGAUCGUGCUGUGACCAUGAUGAAUCGAUCACGCAUCGACGGAAGGACAAUUGAUGUGCGUCUGUACUAAGAGUUCGAAGGUCUCGAGGGACUCGAGGUCACGAUCGAGAAACGUCCGUCCCAAUAACGUGACGAUGACCAGGUAAGUUCUAACAAUUGACGAACAAGUCACCUUACGCAAAUGUUCUUCUUCCAGGGAAGCUAUCGCGAGCGACCGUCGAGCCUUGUGAGCUGGUGAGUCGCGCGUAAUAAAAAAGAGCGAAUCGUACGAAUCCGUACUUUCAAUUACACUGUAUUUCUCUCUUCUCGUUUUAUCUAUACAUUAUAAAAUAGCUUUCGGUACGUGGGGGUUGAGGGGGGGGGGAAGUAAGUGUAAGGACUGCUACUCCUUUGUAGAGAAUCGUAACGCGACGUCCUGGCGUUAGCGUGACAAUGGUGUGCGCACAGCUCGGACGCGCGUAAAUGCGCCAGUAACGGGACUCGAACGGAACAUGUAAAACGUAUAUAAAAUUGCGCAAUACGGUAAAUACGGGUACGUAAUUCGUGUAAAUUAGUCUUAAUGGUACAAACAGCACUGCCGGCAAUCGUGUCUCACGUUUAGCGCGCGAAGAGUGCACCGUUCAACACCGCUCAAAAGAAAAAGGCACCUUAAACAUCACACGCCCGUUUAUAUGUAUUGUGUAUAUACUUAUUAUGUAGCGACGCGUUUCUCUCUCUCUUUCCCUACAGCCUAUGUGUGUACAUGGAUUAUCACAUUUUAAAUAAAGGUAUAUGAAGGCGUAGAAUUUCUCUCACUUAUGCGAAUGAAUAAUCAAUUCCGACCCGCUAUUGUCCGCAGUGGGCUGUCGAUGAUCGGCAAAAUCUAAAGCAGCUCGUAAUGGUGUACUCGAGAUGUGGUGACACAAGAGUCAAACGUAACAUUCUAGUAGAAUGAUUCUACAACAUUACGCGUUUCACAUUUUGCUGGUUAAUAUAUAAGAAACACGUGCCCGGUGCCUUAUAUGUAACUUUUUAUGCGCAAAUGUUACGAAAUGGUAAAGUGUAGAACCGCAAAGUUCACCACUCGCAGUGGACCACACCACUCAGAAAACUUCUAUUACAAAUCCAUGUUUUUUUUCCUCUUUAUUUGUUUAUACAGCAAGGUAAAAAGUCACUUCUCUAAGAUAACACAUUUGAAGUCAACGUACAUUUAUGUUAUCUAGCAUUAUCAACGUAGUAUAUAUAUAUAUAUGGCUUGCGCGGGGUUUAUGUAUAAGGGAGAGGCCUUUAAUUAGCCAAGUUUGCAGUUAAUCAGCAAAGAUCACAAUGUCUGUGUUAUCACCUUGUCGCAAUACCGAUGGAUACUAGUUCAUUCGUCAAGAUCAAAGCCUCUCUUUCGUAUCAUCGCACAUUGAUACCAAAGAGAUCUGCCAAGAUACAUCGCCAAUUUACUAAUCUCAAUUUAAACGAAAACAAUGGCAAGUAAGAAAUUAAGAAUGGUUAUGAUCAAUUUUACGUCGAUUGAAACGUCGCCACAUACGAUCAAUUUUUUAGUCAUAUAAUUGUAAUAAACUGUAUGAUAAAGUAUAAAUGUUUUAAAUCAAGUAACCGCAAAGCAGAGUCACGUUCUCGGUAUUAAAUUUUUCAAUUUCUUUUUAACACUUUAUGAAAAUAGAUAUUUUAUGAAUUACCACAAUCG